GACUGGUCGGACACAUCACCGUAGAUCAGAAUCUUUCUGAAUGAUCACAAUAGUCAGCGUUUAUUGUCUCAAAGUGUGGAGGUUUUCAUUCUGCUUUGCUCUGUCUUCUGACAGCAUCAGAUUCCCUGUGGACUCUGGAAACCUGGACUACAAUGUCAGUCAACCUGAGCAAGAACGGUUCGGCUCUGAUGGCCGCCUACAAGAAGGUGGUGGAUGCCAAGUCGGACACGGACUGGGCUUUGUUUACCUAUGAAGGCAACAGUAACGACCUUCGACUGGCAGAGACAGGAGGUGGAGGGUUGGAGGAGUUGGUGGAGGAGCUGAACAGUGGAAAGAUUAUGUAUGCCUUCUGUCGAGUCCCAGACCCGAACUCUGGCCUGCCUAAAUAUGUCCUUAUAAACUGGACUGGUGAAGGGGUGAAGGACUCUCGUAAAGGAAUGUAUGCCAACCAUCUCAGCGCCAUAGCAAAUUUUUUGAAGGGAGCUCACGUUACCAUAAACGCUCGCACAGAGGAGGACGUGGAGCCAGAGGCCAUCUUGACUAAAGUUGCAAAAGCCUCCGGAGCCAACUUUAACUUUCACAAACAGCAAAAUUACAUCGAUGCACCAAGAGGACCGGUGGGUUCUGUGUACAGAAAAGUCAAUGCUGUGGAGGAAAUCCAGCAAACCAAGAAGGAUAACUUCUGGGACCAGGCUCAGCGGGAUGAGGAAUUACGUCGAAAGGAGGAGAGAAAGAGAGGAGCAGGAGAGGCAGAAGGCAGAGAGGAAAGGAAGGAGUUGGAUGAGAAACAGGCAAAAGAGAGGGAGAGAAGUACGAAGGAGAGAGCUCAUCAGAUUGAGCUAGAGAGGAACCUUCAGAGAAAAAGAGAUGAAGAGGAAAGAGAAAGGGAGCAACAGCGACCGGGUUCUGUCUACAAAAAAAUCAAUGCUGCAGAAGAGAUCCAGCAAACUAACAAGGAUAACUUCUGGGACCAGGCUCAGCGGGAUGAGGAAUUACGUCGAAAGGAGGAGAGAAAGAGAGCGGAGCAGGAGAGGCAGAAGGCAGAGAAGGAAAGGAAGGAGUUGGAUGAGAAACAGGCAAAAGAGAGGGAGAGAAGAACGAAGGAGAGAGCUCAUCAGAUUGAGCUAGAGAGGAACCUUCAGAGAAAAAGAGAUGAAGAGGAAAGAGAAAGGGAGCAACAGCGACUGAAUGAGCAGGAAAAUUUGAAGAAGGUAACAGGGAUCAAUGCUGCAGCAUCUGUGCAGAAAGCUAACGAGGCAAAGUCACUGAUUUCUCAGAGAGCGUUCAAUCCCAGAGACAUCUUCAAGCAGAGGGAGCAGAGCUUUGAGGCCAACACACCAUCUCCUGCUGCACCCCGACCAGGGAAGCUCCAAAGUGCGUUUUUGUCUCAGAAAUCAUUUGAGCCUGAAGAAGCGGCGAAGCCUCAGACUCCUCCGCCGGACGUCCACCACCCAGUGACCAAGACUCCUCCGCCGGAUGCCCACCACCCAGUGACCAACCCCUUCUCCUCAGCCACACCUGAACUGCCUUCACUUCCUGCUGCAGCUUUCUCGCCCCGCCUCCAAGAGACGGUGACUUCACAUGAGAAGCCUGCAGAGGACAUUUCCACUGAGGAGGCAGAAUGGUCAGAUGAGUUUGAUGAUGAUGCAGAUGAAAUGACUCCAGCUGAAAGUCCAGUUCAGCAGGAUAUGUACCAGGAUCCAGAUCCAGUUGGCACUGCUGACAAUCUGUAUGAGAAUAUUUACCAUUAUCCAACAGAGUCUCAGGACUAUAAUAAUCCAGAUGAUGGAGAACAGCAGCUGUACAGAGCCAGGGCUUUGUAUGACUACCAGGCUGCUGAUGAUACUGAGAUCACCUUUGACCCCGAUGACAUCAUAACAGAGAUAGAGAUGCUGGAUGAAGGCUGGUGGAGAGGCUAUGGACCUGAUGGAAACUUCGGCCUGUUCCCUGCCAACUACGUGGAGCUCCUCAAUGACUAAACAGUGGCAGUCCUGAUAUGAAAAUGAAUUAUUAACUUUCUGAUUGUCUUUGUUUUUCCACCCGCUUGGAAAAUAAAUGAAUAAACUGUUACCAGAGUGAGCGUCAGUCUCACUCUGCAAUGUUCCCUUAAAGGAAACUGUCUGUUUCUUGUUAAAGGUUUUGUUCAAAUCAAAUGAAUUUGAUUGCGGAAGAACAAUGUUUAGUAAAAAUACAACUAAUCUGAAACGACUCAGGUCAACUGUUAGUUUUAAGUUCCUCAACUUAAUGGACAUAUUUUUCACAGAUUCCUUCUGUGGGAACCGUGACUUCACUUGUGCAAUAAAUAAAGGGCCGUUUCAGGGCAGGAAUAAAUGUACCAUAAUGCCCACCGGAAAAAGGAAAAUCACCAAACAAUCUGUGUUUCAAAUGACAUGAAAUCAGACUUGUACAGGACUUUUCAAAUACGCUUUACCAUGAAAUUAGUCAUUCCCAUUCAUGCACACAUUGACAUGCUUCUGCUUUGUAGCGACAGCUGCCCUGAGGCAGUCUGGCAGAAAGGGGACUGCUGCUGCCUCCUGCUGAAGUUGGACAUUAAUGUACAAUGUUUAGCAGAAACGUGCAGCUGUGGUUCUGUUUAAACGUGUUCUAAUGUUGUUGUAGUUUCUUAGUUUGAGAUAUGCAUGAAAUAGUGUAGGGUCAAUCUGGAGAUGUACUUUAUACCUCUU